UAUAUCACGUGACCCAGCACGCAGCACGUGCAGGGAUCGAAGAAGAAUCUAGCUCUCCUGGCCUGACUGGUCGACCUCCGUUUAUAUCCUCAAAGAGUAUACACGAUGGCACACGUUGUCCUGGAAAGCGACUUCGCGGUGGAGAAUAUUCUGCAGUUCGUCGACGUAGAAGACCUGUUCGCCUGUUGCGAAGUUAGCAAGGCCUGGCAAGAAGCUGGACUUAAAAUGAUUCGUAACAAGCUGGUGUCCGUCUCCGUUGGUUGUGUGGCCGUAAGUCGUUUUCAGUACGUAUAUACCUACCAGACGUCACAAGAAGUUAUCCGUCGCCGCAAAUUGCAGGACACGGACCAGGGGGCCGCAAUUCCGAACGACGAUGAGAGGCACAUCUGUCCAGAGAUGCUGUGCUCAAAGUUCACACGCUAUCGCAAUAUCGCUGGAAUGGCAGGGCUCCGUCCUACGCUGGUCUUCCUCUCGCACGACGUAGAUCUCUCACAGAACAAGAGUGUGGUGGACAGCGUACGGAGACUCCUUCCGAAGGAUUCCGUGAUAGUCUAUUUCAAGUUGGAAGUGAUCCGUACUCAGGAUGGCAUGGAAGACAAGGGUCACGAAGGCAUAGUCGGGGAGUUCGUCUUCCGUACCGAUGCUGGGCUCCUCACCCCGGAGAGGGCGUCGGCCAUUGCUAAGAGGCCAAUGAUUCCACCACCAUCAUCAGAAGGCGGCGCGGUCUUUCAUAAUUUGUUUCCGGGCGUCCUCGUCUUCCAGGCUCUCCACGUGACGGAUGCUAACUUCGAAGGUCGCGCUGUCACCAGCUACUUCACAGAGUCGACCACUAAGCGCAUUAUACAGGUGACAUCUGUGGCCAUCCCGUGCACCAUGCAGAGUACACGGUUGAAGCUAUUCAUGAAGCGACUUCGUGACAACUUUGGUGAAAGCUGCAACACCAUCGCAGUUGCCUUCCCUCGAGAUCGAGACGAGGCAGUGCCAGAGCUGGAGGCGUUCGAAGUGGCCUUCCCAACUGUCCCCGUACUCGCUAAUCAAGCGACUGAAUUCACGGUUGACGGCCAGUUCGCACCCCUUAACCGACUCAAGCUCAUCUUCUUGCUCAUCAAACUUCUCGAGUGAAUCUCGUAGCCAUCUUGGACGUAGCUGGCAUGUUUAUUCGUAAUCAUUUUGUAAAUCGAAUGCAUAUAGUACUUACGCCAAUAUAAAACAAGUAUAAUAUACCACCAUUCAUACCACUUUUGCAUGGAACACAAACGGACUCGUUAUUCCAGGGAUAGGUCCUAACCACUUUAUGAAAAUCUGCCC